AUGACCCCCAAAAUCUUCGAAAUGGACAACGACAUGCCUGAUUGGACCGAUGACUUCGAUUUCGGGGCUUUCCUCAUCAUUCCGCCCGAUGAUGUCGAUCAGGGCGAUAUCGGACCCGGCAUGCAUGGUGAUCAGACGGGUCAGGUUGCAAACACCUACUUUUACCCUGCCACGCACCUGGACUCGCUUAGCGAUGAUGAGCCUCUCGGAUGA